AUGGCUCGGCUUCUAUGUGUUUUUCUCCUGGUUUGGAUGGUGGCUGCUCACCAGGAGGAGACUGAAGAUGGGAAGUGCGAGAGGAUCAAGCUGACUCAGUGUCAGGAUUUGGGUUACAACUGGACGGCCAUGCCCAAUCUCAUGGGACACAGAGAUCAGAAGGAAGCUGAGGAAGCGAUGACUGCAUUCACGGGUAUCCUCGCUAGCGAAUGUUCUCUCCAUGCUCGCUUCCUUCUCUGCUCGGCCUUCGCCCCGCUGUGCUCUGAGCAAGUCUCCGGCUCCGUGAGUGCCUGCCGAGCUCUUUGCGAAAAGGUGGUCGAAGACUGUAAGGAGCAGAUCAAGUUAUUGCCGCCUAGCAUCAAGCUUGACUGUUCAGCAUUCCCGCUUCGUCCAGAUAGGCGACUGUGUAUGCGGCCACCUAACGCCAGCGAGUUGGAAUCGGAACCGCCGCCACUACCACGUUGGCCAUUCCACGAGCACGAAAUUAGAGAUCACGGAUGCCCACCAGCUUAUACGAGAGCCCCGAAUGGCGAAUGUUGGCCUGCUUGUGGACAAAAUGCUCGCUAUUCGCAAUACGAUAAAAAAAAUGCCGAAAUCUGGAUGAUUACUCUAGCCUGGUUUUCAUUACUAUCGACUUCAUUUGCGUUAUUGACAUUCUGCGCAGAACCGUCAAGAUAUCGGUAUCCCGAAAGACCAGCAGUAUGGAUGGCGACAUGUCACGCUGUUGUUGCACUAGCCCAUGUUACACGAGGUUGGCUCGGAGCGAAGACAGUUUCUUGCAGUGGAAUCACACUGGCCGUGGAUGGAUUAGCGUCUCCAACUUGUGUGGCCUUCUUCUCUUUAACCUACUAUUUUACGCUAGCCGCAGACGCUUGGUUCGCGAAUGCGUGCGUCGCGUGGUACUUGACAGCUGCAAGUGAAUGGUCGACUGAGGCCUUGGAGCGAGCAGCGGCGUAUUUGCACGCUGUUGCCUGGGGGUGGGCGGGCGCGUGGACUGCAGCGGCUCUUGCACUACGAAGAGUGACAGCCGAUGAACUGAUGGGCACGUGUGGCGUGUCAGAUACGGCUGCCGCAGCUCUUAUUGGAGUUCCUCGAGGUGCAUUACUAAUCACUUCAUUAGCGCUGGCGAUCGGCGCCUGUCCAGGGAUAAUGAGAGUACGCAGGGCCCUCGACUCAAGGGGCGCUAAACGUGUGGGGAGGUUGGCAGCCCGCGCUGCCGCCGGUGGUCUGCUUUACCUGAUACUAGCGGCGUUCGCGACCUGUACGCGUGUUAUGGAUUCGCGAAAGAGAGAAGCUCAGACUAACCUAGCAUUGCUAGCCGCUCUGGAAGUUGGUAACACUGAAAAUACCGCUGGCUCGAGUGGCAUCUCUGUUUGUUUGUGGCUGUCGUGUGGUAUCGCAGCGGGGGCUUGGGCGUGGUCGAGGAAAUCUGCAGUCGUGUGGAAGAAGGCUCUAUGUCCCCCUAGGAAGGCGCCAUGUUGUACGCCCCCGCUGCUCAGACCGCAACAUCCUUACUAUAAGAGACCGCUUCAUGUAUCUAGAGUGUAAUGUUUGAAGCGUAAAAACUGUGUAUUUAGUGUAACGUGUGUCUCAAAGACUCGAUUAGUGUAAGUGUAAGUGCCUAAUUAUGCCUUCUGUGAAGGCACUCUCGAUAUUUGUACAAAUAUGUAAAUAGUGUAAAUUUUAUAGUUUAAUAUACUGUUGAUUUUUU